GCCCACAAUUCUGCCUGCCGCUCCUCCAAGUUGCGCUUUCUUUGCGCUCCUCUGGUGCGCUUUAAAAUACCGGAUAAAUAAUGAGAACGUGAAAGAGAUAUUUUGGUAUUUUGAAGAUAGACUUUCAAACAAACUCUCAGGAUGUCACUUCGGACCAGGGCGGGAUUUUAUCGCCAGGAGAUAAACAGGACCGUUUGGGACGUGCCGGCGAGAUACAGCGAUCUCAUCCAAAUAGGAACCGGAGCGUACGGAACGGUUUGUUCAGCCAUUGACCGCAAGACAGGAGUGCGUGUGGCCAUCAAAAAGCUCCACCGGCCAUUCCAGUCCAGACUGUUCGCCAAACGGGCUUACAGAGAGCUACGACUGCUCAAGCAUAUGAAACAUGAGAAUGUUAUUGGGCUGCUGGACGUCUUUACCUCGGAAAUCUUGUUGGACAGAUUUCAGGACUUUUACCUGGUGAUGCCAUUUAUGGGAACUGAUCUGGGGAAAUUGAUGAAGAUGGAGAGACUUUCAGAAGACAGGGUGCAGUUUCUGGUCUAUCAGAUACUGAGGGGACUGAAGUAUAUUCAUUCAGCCGGGAUCAUUCACAGGGAUCUCAAACCAGGAAAUCUGGCAGUGAACCAGGACUGUGAGCUAAAGAUCCUGGACUUUGGACUUGCACGUCAGACAGAUUCAGAAAUGACAGGUUAUGUGGUGACUCGCUGGUACAGAGCGCCAGAAGUGAUCCUCAACUGGAUGCACUACUCACAAACAGUUGAUAUCUGGUCAGUGGGUUGCAUCAUGGCGGAGAUGUUGCUUGGAAGGCCACUUUUUAAAGGAAAUGACCACCUGGACCAGCUAAGAGAGAUCAUGAAAAUCACAGGAACACCAGCACCAGAUUUCAUUGUGAAGCUACAAAGCCAAGAUGCCAAAAACUACCUCAGAGGUCUACCUAAAGUACCAAAGAAGGACUUAAAAAUUAUUUUCUUUAAAGCCAGCACAGAGGCAGUAAGUGCUCUCGAGCGAAUGCUGGUUCUGGAUCCAGAGAAACGCGCAAGUGCUGCUGAAGCCCUUGAGCUCCCUCUGUUUACAGAGUUCAGAGAACCAGAGGAGGAGACAGAGGCCCUGCCAUACGACCACUCCAUGGACAACACAGAAAUGCCUCUGGAGCAGUGGAAACGUCACACUUUUACAGAGAUCUUGGCGUUCCAGCCACCCAUCACUGAGAUCAGAGACUCCAAAGAAACAUCUCUCUGAGUGGACACAUAAAAAGACACACAAGAAAAAAAGACUUGCUGUAAAACUAAGACCCAUAUGUGUGUGUGUGUGUGUGUGUGUGUGUGUGUGUGAGAGAGAGAGAGAGAGAGAGAGAGAGAGAGAGAGAGAGAGAGAGAGAAAGAGAGCACAUCACUUUUUUUAAGUGAUUUAAAUAUGCAAACAAAAAAUAGAACUCAAUACACACACCAACAGUUAUUAUUUGUAUGCUAGUCUUAAAGUGCUUUAAAUGGGCCAGUAGGCCUAUGUUUGUAUUUAAUUCACU